AUGCUUCUGGCCCGCCCGGAGAUGGCGAUGCCGACGCUGCCACAGCGCGGCGUCACCUUCAAGAUCGAUCCUUCUUCCCCGGCAAGCGAUGCGACGGGAAGGUCAAGAAGAUCUAGCACGAUGGACGACAACAGGAAGUUCGAUGCGAAAGCGUUCAUGCCGAAGCGAGUCAAUGCCGAGAUCUCGAGGCGCUACGACAUCGACAAGAACGAGAUCGGCUCGGGCGGUUACGGAAAGGUCUUUGUUGCCCGGGAUCGCACGAUGCGGGAUCGGAUGGUCGCCAUCAAGAAGGUGAUCAUCUUCGAGGAUGCAAAGAAGAAGGCCUUCUUACAGGAGGCUCAGAUCAUGAAGGAUCUGGACCAUCCGAACAUCUGCAAGCUCCUGGAGACUUACGAGCAAGGGCGCUUCAUGUUCUUUGUCAUGGAGUACUGUGAGGGACGUGAAGUGUUUGAUCGGAUUAUGGAGCAAGGCUUAAUCCAGGAGUCGACCACCGCAGAGAUCGUGCGCCAGGCCGCAAGCGCGCUCCUGUACGCUCACAACAGAGGCAUCGCGCAUCGAGACAUGAAGCCGGAGAACAUUUGCUUCUGCAGCAAGGAUGUGACGAACAACCACGUCAAGCUCAUCGACUGGGGCCUGGGUUUCUACUUCGGUCAGGGGCGAAUGAACUCCGCAGUUGGCAGCCUGACGUACGCGGCACCAGAGGUGCUGGAAGCGAAGGAGAAACAAGGGUACACAGCUGCUUGCGAUCUCUGGAGCUUGGGGGUGGUGACCUACGUGAUGCUCUGCGGAAAACCGCCCUUCUGGGGCAACUACAAUGAACAGCUCAGGAGGAUGAAGAGGGAGACCUUCCCCAUGUCGGAUGCGACCUGGCAGCAGAUCUCGCGGCCCGCCAAGGACCUCAUCCGCGGCCUGCUUCGUGCAGAUCCCAAGCAGAGGAUGAAGCUGGAGGACGUUCUCCGGAAUCCAUGGCUCAGGCUUCAGGAGAGCCAGUCGGCUAUGGACAACAAGAUCGCUAGCCAGGUCCUGACGAACUUGCGACAGUUUAGCCGGACCUCCCAAUUCUUCACUAUCUGCGUUGCUUCCGUAGCGCGCCAGUUGGACCACAAGAGCCUCCGGGACGUCCACAAGGUCUUUGCCGAGAUGGACACAAACGGAGACGGCGUGCUCGAGCUCCACGAGGUCCGAGCCGGAUUCCAAAAGUUCUUUGGUCGCGACAGCCCGCAGGUUCAGGACGUUGAGCAAGUCUUUCAAAAGCUCGACCUCGAUGGAUCUGGCUUCAUCGACUACACGGAGUUCUGUGCCGCGGGGAUCGGCGAGCGCGUGAGCUUGGAGGAAGACGUCCUCUGGGCCGCCUUCAAGGCCUUUGACGUACAGGACGACGAUGGCCGUAUCACCAAGGAAGAGGUCCAGCAGGUUCUCCGGAGUGGUGACGUCAACAAGCUUUGGACGCCACAGGUGUGCCAAGAAGUUGCCGAAGACAUCUUCGAGACCUUCGAUCAGAAUGGAGAUGGCUCGCUCGAUUUUCAGGAAUUUGUCAAGCUUAUGCGCGAGUGCUCCCUGAGACACAAGGCCGAUGACGCGGAUGUUGAGCCUGCCCAGAGGCAGCUGAUCAAUGAGCUGACCAGCGAUCUGAAGAAGGGCAGAACGGACAAGGCAUAUGACAUCCUUACCAAGUUGGACGACGUCCAGCGAUGCAACCGGACGCCCACGAACUCACAAGGUUCCCGCACUGACGAUCGCCGGAUGUCUGACGGAGGUCAGUUCCCCCAGCAGCCCGUGGCCCGCACGCUGAGCAGCGCUUUGAGGCAGAUGAGCUGGAACUUCAACUCCCGUCCAGACGAGAGCAAUCCUUCAUGCUUCGCCUGCACUGCAAACAAGCCCAAUUGCUCACUGAUGUGA